AUGGCCAUCCUUGCGGCAUUCUUCCGCUCUUUUGAGGGCGUCGUACUCAGUAUAACAGCCAUCCACAUAGUCCUCACCACUUUGUCGAACUGGAUAUGUCGACCCGCUACUCCUACACCAGAAGAGCUCAUACGAUCAAGACGCGAAAACCAUACCGCCGGUCGAUCGGCCGUGAACAGAGUUGUUGAAGCUGCUCCCCGGACAGCCGCUGGCAAGCACCCCUACCAUAAGCCUUGUCACAGAUGGUGGUGGUAUGCUAUGGCCUUAUGGCCAGCCCCUAGUGACCGUCUUUGCCGUCAGCCUCGUCGCAAAUGGCGGUGGUACAUUGUGGCCCUGUGGCCAGCUCGCGAUGACCCAAAUCGGUGGUUCAUUCUGAUCACAGCCUUGUCCAUUAGGUCAUGUUCGAUUCUUUACGGUCCUCUCGUUUCUGGCACUCGAAGUCGGACGUGGCGCUUACUUCUACCAUCUCUUGAAAGACUGCUCUGUUCUGAUUCAAGAAGUAUGCAUUGGUCUCAUGGGUCAUGUCACUGGUGGCUUCUGCCGCCUCGGCAGUCUAUUCGCUGUCCCUCCGAUGAAUCAUUGAACAAGCAGCGACGAGGAAAGUCGACGGAAACCUGGAAUCAUGGUAGGAAGAAGCAAUCUUGGGUGGAAGAGUCUUUGGGACAGCUGAACGAUCAACAACGCUGCCGAAGGGGGGUUUGGGUUACGAGGUCAAGGAUAUGA